AUGGCGCCUCGCUCGAGAGCUGCUGCGGCCGACACCGACGCGUCGAUGUCGGACGCGGCAGACGCUCACCCCGUUGAAUCGAUGGAAGUCGACGAGACUCCCGACUACACUGACUCGGAUACCAAUGCGAACACCACUGCCAGUAGCGUUAUUGGCGAACCUCUGGGAGAUGGUCGUAAAAGGCGGACCGAAGCCAAUCAGCUUCGUCGUAGCAUCUUCGGCAAGAAACACGAUCGUUUGGGUGAAUCAAAGGAAGAAGACAGUAUUAGACGCUUUCGAUACCUGCUGGGUCUUACUGACCUCUUCCGCCACUUCAUCGAAACGAACCCCAACCCCAAGAUUCGGGAAAUCAUGACCGAGAUCGAUCGACAGAACGCAGAGGCAACAAAGAGCAAGAAGAAGGGUUCGCGUCAGGGCGGCGCUAGCAACGAGCGCUUGCGUCGGACUGAGGCUGAGGAAGAUGCCGAGCUGCUUCAAGACGAGAAGCACGGAGGCUCUGCCGAAACGGUCUUCCGUGAAUCGCCCGCCUUCAUCAAGGGCCAGAUGAGAGACUAUCAAGUCGCUGGUCUCAACUGGUUGAUUUCUCUCCAUGAGAAUGGUAUAUCUGGCAUCCUUGCCGAUGAGAUGGGUCUUGGAAAGACCCUGCAAACAAUCUCGUUCCUGGGCUACCUGAGACACAUUAUGGGUAUCACUGGUCCCCAUAUCGUUAUCGUGCCGAAGUCGACGUUGGACAACUGGAAGCGAGAAUUCGAAAAAUGGACCCCUGAGGUCAACGUAUUGGUGCUUCAGGGUGCCAAAGAGGAACGUAACGCGCUCAUCAACGACCGUUUGGUCAACGAAGACUUUGACGUCUGCAUCACGAGUUACGAAAUGAUUCUGCGCGAGAAGAGUCACCUCAAGAAGUUCGCAUGGGAAUACAUCAUCAUCGACGAAGCGCACCGCAUCAAGAACGAGGAAUCAUCGUUGGCUCAGGUGAUCCGCGUCUUCAACUCCCGAAAUCGACUCCUGAUCACUGGUACACCUCUUCAAAACAACCUCCACGAGUUGUGGGCUCUGCUCAACUUCUUGCUUCCCGAUGUUUUCGGCGACUCCGAGGCCUUCGACCAGUGGUUUUCGGGCCGAGAACAGGACCAGGACACCGUUGUCCAGCAGCUUCACCGUGUGUUGCGGCCCUUCCUGCUCCGAAGAGUCAAGAGUGAUGUUGAAAAAAGCUUGCUGCCCAAGAAGGAGGUUAACUUGUACCUGGGCAUGUCCGACAUGCAGGUCAAGUGGUAUCAGAAAAUUCUCGAGAAGGACAUUGACGCUGUCAACGGCGCCAACGGCAAACGGGAGUCAAAGACAAGACUGCUCAACAUUGUGAUGCAGUUGCGUAAAUGCUGCAAUCACCCUUACCUCUUCGAAGGCGCCGAACCUGGCCCGCCCUACACCACCGACGAGCAUCUCGUUUACAACGCUGGCAAGAUGGUGGUUCUUGACAAGUUGCUGGCCAGGAUGCAGAAGCAAGGCAGCAGAGUUCUCAUCUUCUCACAGAUGAGCCGUCUCUUGGACAUACUUGAAGACUAUUGCGUGUUUCGCGAGUACAAGUACUGUCGUAUCGAUGGUGGAACGGCCCACGAGGAUCGUAUCGCCGCCAUCGACGAGUACAACAAGCCAGGUUCCGAGAAGUUUAUCUUCCUGCUCACAACGAGAGCGGGUGGCCUGGGCAUCAACCUCACCUCUGCUGAUAUUGUCGUACUUUACGACAGCGAUUGGAACCCUCAGGCCGAUUUGCAGGCCAUGGAUCGUGCCCAUCGUAUCGGUCAGACCAAGCAGGUCGUUGUUUAUCGGUUUGUGACGGAUAACGCGAUUGAGGAGAAGGUCUUGGAAAGAGCAGCUCAAAAGCUUCGUCUCGACCAGCUUGUCAUCCAGCAAGGCCGUGCCCAGGUCGCCGCAAAGGCUGCUGCUAACAAGGACGAGCUUCUCUCAAUGAUCCAACACGGUGCCGAGAAGGUCUUCCAAAGCAAGGGCGCAGCCGGUGUGCUGGCCGAGAAGGGCUCUGACCUGGACGAUGACGAUAUCGACAAGAUUCUUGCGUCUGGUGAAUCGAGAACCAAGGAGCUCAACGCCAGGUACGAGAAGCUUGGAAUCGACGACCUGCAGAAUUUCACGUCCGAGUCUGCCUACACCUGGAACGGCGAGGAUUUCAAGACCAACAAGAAGGACAUUGGCAUGAACUGGAUCAACCCCGCCAAGCGUGAGCGAAAGGAGCAAUCAUACUCCAUGGACAAGUACUUCCGCCAGACCAUGUACCCUCCCAAAGAGAAGGAUACCAAGCCCAAGGCCCCGAGGGCCCCAAGGCAGGUUCCGGUUCACGACUACCAGUUCUAUCCGCCUAGGUUGCGCGACCUCCAGGAUCGUGAGACGGCGUACUACCGCAAGGAAAUUGGUUAUAAGGUCCCGCUUUCUGAUGGCGAUGAUGAAAACCUCGACGAGCGUGAAGCAGAGCGUGCGCUGGAUCAACAAGAGAUUGACAAUGCGACGCCACUCACCGAGGAAGAGCAGGAGGAGAAGCAACGCCUGUCACAGCAAGGGUUUGGCGAAUGGAACAGGCGCGACUUUCAGCAGUUCGUCAACGCGUCCGGACGUUACGGCCGCAAUGACUAUGAGAGUAUCGCAGAGGAUAUCGACAACAAGACUGCCGCUGAAGUCAAACAGUACGCCAAGGUCUUCUGGCAGCGGUAUACGGAGAUCGCAGACUACAACAAGUACAUCAAGGUCAUUGAAGAUGGCGAGGAGCGUAUGCGCAAGAUUGAACACCAGAGGAAGCUGCUUCGCAAGAAGAUGUCUCAAUACCGCGUCCCCUUGCAACAGCUCAAAAUUAACUAUUCCGUCUCCACCACGAACAAGAAGGUGUACACAGAGGAAGAGGAUCGAUUCCUGCUGGUUCUUCUCGACAAGCAUGGCAUCGACUCGCCGGGCCUGUAUGAGAAAAUGCGAGAUGAGAUCGCAGAGAGCCCUCUGUUCCGUUUCGACUGGUUCUUCCUCAGCAGGACGCCCGUCGAGUUGAGCCGUCGCUGCACGACGUUGUUGACGACCAUUGUCAAGGAAUUUGAGGACGUCCAUCCCACAAAGGGUGCAAACGGCGUCAACGGAAAGGUCAAGAGAGAAGCCGACGAUGAGGAGAACGACGAGGACAGCAUCCUGGGCAUGGCACCAGCGAAGAAGAAGUCCAAGAAUGGUGUCAAGAACAAGGCACUAGACAACGUCAAGUCGGAGGCCGGAAGCAAGAACACAUCCGCGGCUCCCUCUAGAGCGUCGAGCGUCACAUCAACCAAGUCGGCCACCAAUGCCAAGAGCAAGACCAAGGGCAAGAAGAAAUAG